GCAUGCGAAGGCGGACAACCUCCGCGGUUGGUGAAAAUAAUGAAACCGGUUCGUCACACUGAUUGGUCAGUUGGAAAUUCUGCAAGCGGUUAUUGGUCCUCAAGAACGUCUCGGAGCGCGCGCGGGAGCGAGCUUUGAAAGUUGAGCACGGCGGUGGCAGAAGGGUAUCUCUGGGAUCAUGGUGGCGCUGCGGGGCCUUGGGAGCAGCCUGCAGCCUUGGUGCCCAGUGGACCUCAGCCCGGAAUGGGUGGACACAGUCUGGGAACUGGACUUUACAGAGACUGAGCCUUUGGAUUCCAGCAUAGAAGCACAGAUCAUAGAGACUGAAUUGAGUGCGUUCACAAAUCUCUAUGAAAGUCUUUUCCCCUUUGCCACUGAAGAAUGUGGAUAUUCAGAGAGCAUUUGGACUUUUUUCACUGAGAAUAGUAUUUCCCAUAGUACACUGGUGGCAUUAUUCCAUCACUUUGUUCAAAUAGUACAUAAGAAAAACAUCAGUGUGCAGUAUCGAAAGUAUGGCCUUCAUGCUGCUGGACUUUAUUUUUUGCUUCUCGAAAUACCAGGCAGUGUAGCCAAUCAGGUGUUCCACCCAGUAAUGUUUGACAAGUGCAUUCAGAUUUUAAAGAAGAGCUGGCCUCAGGAAUCUAACUUAAAUCGGAAAAGAAAGAAAGAACAACCUCAGAGCUCUCAGGUUAAUUCAAAAGGAAGCAGAAAGAGAGGAAAGCCACACAGGAAAGACGUUGCUGAGAUGGAUGAAAUCAUAGAGGAAGAAGAAGAUGAUGAAGAGAAUAUUUAUUUUUCUGCCCAAGACCUUUCUCAAAUUCGAAAUGCUAUCUUGCACCUUCUGAAGAAUUUUUUAAGGCUUCUGCCCAAAUUUUCUCUCAAAGAAAAGCCACAGUGUGUUCAGACUUGUAUCGAGGUCUUUGUUGCAUUAACUAGUUUCGAGCCAGUUCUUCAUGAAUUUCAUGUUAUACAAGCCAGAAACCUUAGCCAAACAAAAUAUAUACCAGAACUGGCCUACUAUGGAUUAUAUUUGCUGUGCUCCCCAUUUCAUGGAGAAGGAGAUAAGGUUAUUGGUUAUAUUUUUCAUCGAAUGCUGAAUGUGUUACUGAUGUUGGAAGUAGGUGAAGGAUCCUAUCACCCCCCUCUUACUAUUACUGCUCAAGUUAUCAAUCGUAAAAAUCAGGCAGUCCAGUUUAUCAGCUCACUUGUUGAUGAACUAAAAGAGAGUAUAUUUCCAGUUCUUCGUAUUCUGCUGCAGCACAUCUGUGCCAAGGUGACAGAUAAAUCAGAGUACCGAACCUCUGCAGCUCAGUCCCUCGUCCACCUGCUCGGUAAACUUCCUUCUGGGGAAUAUGCUAUGUUCAUCUCAUGGCUUUACAAGUACUCACAAAGUUCCAAGAUUGCCCACCGGGUUUUUACUCUUGAUGUUGUCUUAGCUCUCUUAGAGCUGCCUGAAAGAGAGGUAGAUGGCACUGUCUCCUUGGAGCAGCAGAGGUUCCUGAGGCACAGAUUCUUGGUGCAGGAGAUCAUGUUUGACCGUUGUUUGGACAAGGCCCCUACUGUGCGCAGUAAGGCGCUGUCCAGUUUUGCACGUUGUCUGGAGCUGUCUGCUCACGGCACAUCAGAGAGCAUAUUGGAGCUGCUGAUUAACAUUUCAGAAACAGGGAUUCAUCCUGGUACUUCGUCCAGAGCUUCAUCAGCAUGUUCCUAUCAGAAGCAGACAUCUAACCCUUCUGAAUCAACAAGGCAAAUCAAUACAGACAGCAGUGGUUGCAUACUUGGAUUGAGAGAAGGAUAUGUCAUGACAAUGCUGAGGAAGAGAAUCCAGGACGAGAAGACCAAUGUCAGGAAGUCUGCCCUCCAGGUGUUAGUGACUAUUUUGAAACACUGUGACAUCUUGAGUAUGGAGGAAGACCUGACAAUUCUGCAGGACCACUGUCGGGAUCCUGCUGUGUCUGUCCGGAAGCAGGCUCUACAGUCUCUUACUGAACUUCUUAUGGCCCAGCCCAAAUAUGUGACACUUCAGAAAGCUUGGCUGAUGGGGGUCAUCCCCAUGGUGAUGGACAGUGAGAGCACGGUGCAGGAAAAGGCGCUGGAGUGCUUGGACCAGCUCUUGUUGCAGAACAUUAAGCAUCACAGUAAAUUUCACAGAGAGGAUGAAAGCCAGGUGCUUGCCUGGGCUCUUCUCACCCUCCUCACUACAGAAAGCCAGGAUAUGAGCCGCUAUUUAAAUAAGGCUUUUCACAUCUGGUCUAAGAAAGAUAAAUUCUCUUCCACUUUUGUUAACAACACGAUCUCUCACACUGAUACGGAGCGUGCCGCACCUGCCUGGAUGCUGCUUUCCAAGAUCGCCGGCUCAGCACCCACGCUGAACUACACCAAGGUCCUGCAGUCCUGGGAGACACUGAGCAGUCAGCAGAAUCCCAAUUCAAACACCUUAGGACAUAUACUGUGUGUCAUCGGGCGUACGGCAAAGCACCUUCCUGAGAGCACCCGGGAGAGAGUGGCAGAUGUCAUCAAGUGUAAGCUGAGUGGAUUUCAGUGGUCUCUAGGGUUGAUCAGUCCUGCUGUUGAUACUUUGCAAAGUCUUUGUAGAGCAUCCGCGAAAACACUGAUGGAAGAACAGGACCUUCUGAAGCGGGUGUGUGGGGAUGUGCUGUCCACCUGCGAGCAACAACUUUCCAACAUUGUUCUGAAGGAGGACAGGGCAGAGAGUCUGGACAAAGACCUGCUGGUGAAGUACAUUUUUACCUUGGGAGAUAUCGCCCAGCUGUGUCCAGCCAGAGUAGAGAAGCGAGUCUUCCUCAUGAUUCAGUCCAUUCUGGCUUCUUCUGCUGAUGCAGAUCACUUGCUGCCAUCUCAAGGGUCCAGUGAUGCCCCUGCCAGCUCCCAGCCGCCCUCCUGGGUCAAACGCACUGUCAUGCCUUCCGUGAUCAGAGCGCACGCCAUCAUCACCUUAGGCAAACUGUGCUUGCAACACGAGGACCUCGCAAAGAAAAGUGUUCCAGCCCUGGUGAGAGAGCUUGAGGUGUGUGAGGACGUGGCCGUGCGCAACAACGUUGUCAUCGUGCUGUGCGACCUGUGCAUCCGGUACCCCGUCAUGGUGGACAAGUACAUCCCCUACGUGGCCAUGUGCCUGAAGGACUCCGACCCCUUCAUCCGAAAGCAGACGCUCAUCCUGCUUACCAACCUCCUGCAAGAAGAAUUCGUGAAAUGGAAGGGCUCUCUGUUCUUUCGAUUUGUCAGCACGCUGAUAGAUUCACACCCAGAUGUUGCCAGCUUUGGAGAGUUCUGCCUGGCGCACCUGCUACUGAAGAGGAACCCCGUCAUGUUCUUCCAGCACUUCAUCGAGUGCAUUUUCCACUUCAACAACUACGAGAAGCACGAGAAGUAUAACAAGUUCCCCCAGUCGGAGAGAGAGAAGAAGCUGUUUUCACUGAAAGGAAAGACAAACAAAGGGAACCGAAUGAAAAUCUACAAGUUUCUUUUGGAGCACUUCACAGAUGAGCAGCGGUUCAACAUCACUUCCAAGAUCUGCCUUAGCAUCUUGGCCUGCUUUGCAGAUGGUGUCCUGCCUGUGGACAUGGAAGCCAGUGAGUUACUAUCCGAUACCUUUGAGGUCCUCAGCUCAAAAGAGAUCAAGCUUUUGGCAAUGAGAGCCAAAUCGGAUAAGGAUCUCCUCUUUGAGGAAGACGAGGUGGCCUUGGCCGACGUCGUCAUGCAGGAAGCGAAGAAGCAGCUCAUCUCGCAGGUUCAGAAGAGGAACUUCAUAGAGAAUAUCAUCCCACUCAUCAUUUCCCUGAAGACUAUGCUGGAGAAAAAUAAGAUCCCGGCUCUGCGGGAGCUCAUGUACUAUCUCAGGGAGGUGAUGCAGGAUUACCAAGAUGAAGUGAAGGAUUUCUUUGCAGUAGACAAACAACUGGCCUCAGAACUCGAGUAUGACAUGAAGAAGUACAAUGAACAGCUGGCCCAGGAGCAAGAGCUGGCCAGACAUGCAGAAGCAGACAGGGCAGCCCACAGUGACGCCAGGGCACCCGCCACCCAGGUGGCCCCAGGCUUAGAAGCAGCAUCAGCUGCCACCGGCCAGAAGCCUGCCGAGUCUCCUGGCACAAGCCGGCCCUCAGCAGCAGGGCCCAGCACAGACGACAUGCUGGAGAGGGGGCCUCCAAGGAUGUUACUGCCUGGGGCGAAGCGCAUGUCCCUGAGUACCAUCGCAAUCCUGAACUCUGUCAAGAAAGCUGUGGAGUCUAAGAACAAGCACCGCAACAGGAGUAUGGGAAUACCGCCCUUCUCUCUGGGUUCUGAAAGCCAGGAAAAACCCAGCAGCCGCGUGUCUUCCUGCAGCCUGGAGCGAGAGCUGAAUGGGUCCACGGACUGGGUGGCCACGCGGGCGGUCAGCACUCCCCAGCAGCCCCUCAGCGAGGUCACGUUCGGAGCAGGGCUGAGUUACAUAGAGACAUCGCAGACGCCUCUUCCCGCCAAAGAUAAAAGUAAAGCCCAGAGGCAAGGAACUGACAUUUUAUGUUUAUCACUGCCGGAUAAACCGUCCACACAGCCCUCGCAGUGGAAGGUGACCUCCCCUGCCAGGAGGAAGGGCAGCCCUGCCCUCAGCAAGAGGUCCCUGUGCGAGGCGCCCCUGAAGACAGCCAACUGAGGCAGCCGAAAGGACAGCCCUCGCCACUGUCACACCAAGGCCCACUGCUGGUCUGGGCCAGGCUGGCCAGCCUUUUAUAUUUCUUUUUAUAGAACUUGGGGUUAAAACAUUGUAAAGUAACUGAAUGCCAGAUUAAUAUUAAAUCUUAAUGCCGUUGAAUGUCAGGUCUCUUCUGAUAAGCUACACAUCUGGUCUUUAAGGAACACAGAAUACGUCACCUUUCUUUUAUAUAACCAAGUUUCUAUUAACUUAUCUGAAUCCCUUAUAAUACAUAUUUUCCUGUAUCUAAUUAUAAAAUUGUGACUAAUAUUUUUUCUAUUUAUAAUUGAAGAUUUUCAAAAUAUUGUACAGCUUUCUAAAAUGAAGUAUUAAAGGCUAAGACUAAAUAAAAACACCUAGCAUUCCA